ACAACCCUAAUGUUUAUUUUUAGCGUUUAUUUUAAGAACUUUCUGACGGCAUAAUAGCUCUUUCAAAAUGCGGGGCAUGUUUAUAGUGCCGAUGGACCUCGACCCGGGUUUCCGCAAGGCAGACAUGCAUAACCUGCCCGCCUUGAAUAGUGGCAUGGUUUAUAAUUUCUGUACAUCUGCCGAUCCGGAGAAAUCCAAGCCCAUAUCGACGGAAAAGAGUGAUCUUCUAACGGAUUAUGUACAAGUGCGACGGCAGGGAGAGCUCUGCGAGGUGAAGGGCCUAAUAUUCUCCGCCUCUGAUUUCGCCAACACAGAUACUCACGCUAAUGUUGGCCUAAAGGUGAUAGAAUCUACGCGGACUAUUAUAGAGGGUCAGUGCAGCUUAUGUCCAUUAGCUGAAGCCUGUUCGCACAUUGUAGCCUUUCUGUUUUGGCUUCUGAACAAGAGCGUGGAACGUUCUCCAUCGGCCGUGGUCGAAUUUUGGGGCCACGAGCUGGAAACCUUAGUCCAACCAGAGCCGAGUAGGGCAUUUCGUAUAUGUGACUUGCUGCCUAAAGAUGAGGUGCGUCUGGAAAGCGAGAUGAGCUCACAAGCGAUGAGCAGUAGCGAAGGACAGAUAUUCUUGGAUUCUGUGUUGGAUGAGCUAUCGGCCUGUGGCCGUGAUUCUGCUCUGUACCGUCAGUGCGUAGAUACCGCCGAUGAAUUCGAGUCGCUCUUUGUACACCACGUCCUCCUUCGGGCACCAGAUCUGCAUAUCGUGGACGUGCCGAGCUUUGUCCAGUACAUGGAACUACAAGCGCCCACUGGCAUCUACGAGAGUCUGAACGAGGUAACCCGUCUCCAGUAUAAAUCCCGACUGUGGGUCGAGGUGCAAUACAUGCGUAUUCGAUGUUCCAUGGUACAUUUGAUUGCGGCGCGAAAAAGCGCGGAGGACGAUGAACAAAUCUUCAACAUGAUGUUUUGCAAGGGGCGCGAUAAGAACAUUGAGGAUCGGAUUCAGCAGAAGCAACACAAGCGCUUCAUUUUGAAACAAACCGAAAAGCUUGAGAACAAAGAGUAUGCCGAGUGCGGACUACUGUUGCACGAAAACUAUCCCUACUUGUGCGCGUCGCCCGAUGGCAUUACGGACGAUCAUAUUGUGGAAAUUAAGUCUCCAAAGACAGAAGAUGAGUUUGAGAGGUAUCUGGAGGCUAGGGAGACCAUUUCCACCAAGUAUAUGGCCCAGAUACAGAUCCAGAUGUUUCUGGCGAACGUGAAAAAGGCUCUGUACUGCGUUCUUAGUCCAACAUUCGAGACGAAUGGAGCCCUCCAUUAUGUUUGGGUUCAGUCCGACCCGGAGUUCCUGGGCAGUUUGCUGGUGAUGGCCGAGGAUUUCUGGCGCGACAUAGUGUAUCCCAGGCUGACGAACAUCUACCCCCAAUAA